AGCGCAGCCCAGACCACCUACCCCGCCUGCGGUCCGCCAGGCUAGCCGGGCGCGAAAGCCGGCUCGGCUGGGUCCCCGCCUCCAGCGGCGCGGGACCCGCCUGGACCCCGCGCUCAGCCUCGCGCUCCGGCGCCCACCUGGAGAGGCGGCGGCCCGGGCCUCGGGCGCCGGCAGCGGAGGGCCCAGCGCGGGCGGCUGGGGACCGAAGCCAGGGCCCUCGAGCGCCCCGGGCCCCACGCGGGGCCCGCCAGGCGCUCGGCGCCCUCCCCGCCCCCUCCGCGCGUCGCUCCGCCGCCCGCCGCCCGCGGCCCCCACCCACCGGCCGCUCCUCCCCUCUCCCCACCCUCCUCCUCCGCCCCCUCCCCUCCCCCGCCGCCUCGCCGACUGCUCGGCCGAGCGUCUCAGCCGCCCGGGCCCGGAGCGCAGGCGGCGAGGCCACCGCACCUGCAGCAGUCUCGGGCCGCCGAACAGGCACCUCGCCUCCCGCCACCCGACCUCCUUCUCCCCUGCGCCGGGUCUCCCAUGACGCCGGAGCCCCCCGACCGGCCACAAUGACCACUUCCCUUCAAGAUGGGCAGAGCGCCGCGGGUAGGGCGGCUGCCAGGGACUCGCCGCUGGCCGCCCAGGUGUGCGGCGCUGCCCAGGGGAGGGGCGACGCCCGUGACCUGGCGCCAGCCCCUUGGCUGCACGCGCGAGAGCUCUUGCCCCCUCCGGACGGGACCCGUGGCUGUGCUGCAGACAGGAGAAAAAAGAAAGAUCUUGAUGUUCUGGAAAUGCCGUCUAUUCCUAACCCUUUUCCUGAGCUGUGCUGUUCUCCAUUUACAUCGGUGUUGUCAGCGGGCCUGUUUCCCAAAGCUAAUUCAGGGAAAAAACAGGUAAUUAAAGUAUACAGUGAAGAUGAAACCAGCAGGGCUUUUGAGGUUCCCAGUGAUAUAACUGCCCGAGAUGUUUGCCAGCUGUUGAUCCUGAAGAACCAUUACGUCGAUGACCACAGCUGGACCCUUUUUGAGCACCUGCCUCACGUAGGUCUAGAAAGAACAAUAGAAGACCAUGAGCUCGUGAUUGAAGUGCUAUCUAACUGGGGAAUGGAAGAAGAAAAUAAGCUAUACUUUAGAAAAAAUUAUGCCAAAUAUGAAUUCUUUAAAAACCCAAUGUAUUUUUUUCCAGAGCAUAUGCUGUCUUUUGCAACUGAAACCAAUGGUGAAAUAUCCCCCACACAGAUUUUGCAGAUGUUUCUGAGUUCAAGCACAUAUCCUGAAAUCCAUGGCUUCUUACAUGCAAAAGAACAGGGAAAGAAGUCCUGGAAAAAGAUUUACUUCCUUCUAAGAAGAUCUGGUUUAUAUUUUUCUACUAAAGGGACAUCAAAGGAACCACGGCAUUUGCAGUUUUUCAGCGAAUUUGGCAGUAGUGAUAUUUAUGUGUCACUGGCAGGCAAAAAAAAACAUGGAGCACCAACUAACUGUGGAUUCUGCUUUAAGCCUAACAAAGCGCGAGGGCCCCGAGACCUGAAAAUGCUCUGUGCAGAAGAAGAGCACAGUAGGACGUGCUGGGUGACCGCCAUUAGAUUGCUUAAGUAUGGCAUGCAGCUGUACCAGAAUUACAUGCAUCCAUAUCAAGGUAGAAGUGGCUGCAGUUCUCAGAGUAUAUCACCCAUGAGAAGUAUAUCAGAGAAUUCCCUGGUAGCCAUGGACUUCUCAGGCCAGAAAAGCAGAGUUAUAGAAAAUCCCACGGAAGCCCUUUCAGUUGCAGUUGAAGAAGGACUCGCUUGGAGGAAAAAAGGAUGCUUACGCCUGGGCAAUCACGGUAGUCCUACUGCGUCUUCACAGAGCUCUGCCACCAACAUGGCUAUCCACCGGUCCCAACCAUGGUUUCACCACAAAAUUUCUAGAGAUGAAGCUCAGCGAUUGAUUAUUCAGCAUGGACUCGUGGAUGGAGUUUUCUUGGUACGGGAUAGUCAGAGUAACCCCAAAACUUUCGUACUGUCAAUGAGUCAUGCACAAAAAAUAAAGCACUUUCAAAUUAUACCAGUGGAAGAUGAUGGUGAAAUGUUCCAUACCCUGGACGAUGGCCACACGAGAUUUACGGAUCUGAUCCAGCUGGUGGAGUUUUAUCAACUCAAUAAAGGCGUUCUUCCUUGCAAGUUGAAACAUUAUUGUGCUAGAAUUGCACUUUAGCCAAACCAGAAGUGACUUGUUAAACUAUUGAAGAAAAAGGCCUCGGAAAAAAAAAAAAAAAAAAAAAAAAAAAAAACAGAAAAGGACCAUAAAUAAGAGUGAAAAUAUUGCCAUGGUGAAAAGAAUCUAUUUCACCUCCAAGUUACAAAAAAUAGUUUGUGUAUUGCAAAUAAGCAAAGAAUUGGAUUGACAUAAUAUUCAUCAUUUAAAAUUCAUUAGUUAAAAUUAAACCUCAGAAAAAAAA